AGCAUGGUCCAGUUGGUUUGAUUCACGUUGAUGCUCACUCGGACACCCAUGACGUUAUGUUUGGAGCGAAGAUAAACCACGGCACCCCGUUCCGCAGGGCGGUAGAGGAAGGGUGUGUUGACGGGAAGAAGACAGUUCAGAUAGGGUUACGAGGGUCAGGGUACAGCAUAGACGAUUACAAAUGGGGUACAGAUCAGGGUUUCCGCGUGGUUCCCGCUGAAAAUUGCUGGCACAAAUCCUUGAAACCGCUUAUGGCGGAAGUGAGAAGUAUGAUUGGUUCGGGACCUGCGUACAUUUCGUUUGACAUCGACGGUCUUGACCCGGCUUACGCCCCUGGAACAGGUACACCUGAGAUUGCUGGUCUGACGCCGGUACAGGCUUUGGAGAUAAUUCGCGGUUGCAGAGGGUUAAAUAUCGUGGGCUGUGAUCUUGUUGAGGUCUCCCCUCCAUUCGACACAACUGGAACUACGGCUCUAACGGCGGCGAAUCUGCUUUUCGAAAUGUUAUGCAUUUUACCCGGAGUGAAAUAUCACCAGUGAGACGCCCCCCUCUUUGCACUCGCAAUGACCUUAUGUUUUCUAAGCCAGUCAGUCUCCAAGUCAAAUCCUCAAAUGAUUCCAUUUUCGCACAAUAUUCAGUGCUCAAUAAAUUGUAAACAUCUGUCUCUGUGACAAAAGUAUAAUGGAUCUAUAUACACGUGUUUACUUCAAGGUCCUCUGCGUUGAUAUGUUUCACUGAUUGUCUUCUUGGCAGAAAUUAGUACGAACAUGCAACACCAAAUUUAAUAGGGAAGUUUCGAGUUCAAACCCUUUUGUAGUUAAAGGUAUAAACAGUUCUUCUGUAUAAUGUGACAAGUGUUAGGCAGGCUUUACUGACAAUAAUUUAUCGAUGUCUUGUUCCAGAGGUACAAAUGGCACCUCUGUCCUAUAGAAACUUCUCAAGUUCACCGAUAUCCAACUGAUAAAUUUUC